AGUAUGACAGGCAACUACACCCUUGCCAUCAUCAGCAAAAACAUCACCAGCAGUCUUUACUUCGGACUUGUGAACAUCUCUGGCAACGAGUCUAUCUUUAACUGUUUACACAAGCCAUCUGAUAAGCAUUUAGAUGCAAUUCCUAUUCUCUACUACAUUAUUUUUGUGAUUGGAUUUCGUGUCAAUACUAUUGUGGUUACACUGUUUUGUUGUCAAAAGGGCCCUAAAAAGGUUUCCAGCAUUCAUAUCUUCAACCUGGCUGUAGCUGACUUACUGCUUUUGGCUGCUCUUCCUCUGUAUUAUUCUUACAGGCAUGACUGGCUCUUUGGGCCCAUGAUGCACAAAGUUUUUGGUUCUUUCCUGACCCUGAACAUGUUUGCAAGCAUUUUUUUUAUCACCUGCAUGAGUGUUGAUAGGUACCAAUCUGUCAUCUAUCCCAUUCUGUCUCAAAGAAGAAAUCCCUGUCAAGCAUUUUACAUAGUACCCCUCGUUUGGGGUAUGGCCUGUCUGUCCUCAUUGCCAACAUUUUAUUUUUGAGAUGUUAGAACCACUGAAUAUUUAGGAGUGAAUACUUGCAUUAUGGCUUUCCCACCUGAGAAAUAUGCCCAAUGGUGCAGUGGGAUUGCCUUAAUGAAAAAUAUCCUUGGUUUUAUUAUACCUUUAAUAUUCAUAACAACAUGCUAUUUCGAAAUUAGAAAACAUUUACUGAAGGCCAAUAGCUACGGGAAGAACAAAAUAACUUGUGACCAAGUCCUGAAGAUGGCAGCUGCUAUUCUGGUGUUCAUCAUUUGUUGGCUUCCCUUCUAUGUUCUGACCUUCCUGGAUGUUCUGGGCUGGAUGGGUGUCAUUAAUAGCUGUGAAGUUAUAGCAGUCAUUGACCUGCCACUUCCUUCUGCCAUCCUCUUAGGAUUCACCAACAGCUGUGUUAAUGCCUUUUUGUAUUGUUUUGUUGGAAACUGGUUCCAACAGAAGCUCCACAGUGUGUUUAUUCCAAUUCCUUGGCUCCAAGGCAAGAGAGAGAGUGUGUCAUGCUGAAAAAGCAGUUCCCUUAGAGAAAUGGAGACCUUUGUGUCUUAA